CUAUAAAUUCCAACUUUCAGUCAGUUCACGGACCAUACUAACAACCACUGCCAAAAAAGAAAAAAUAUUCCACCACCACCACAAUGUCAUCCAAAAAUAUUAAUAGUCCGACGAACGUCGUCGGACAAUUAAUUUUUCUAAUUCUAAUAGGUAAUCACUAUUAUUAUUGGGCUGUCGCUGACAGUCCAAUAAAGACAGUAGUAGUUCUCGUAAUGGAGAACAGGUCAUUCGACCACAUGUUAGGAUGGAUGAAGAAGCUCAACCCGGAAAUCAAUGGCGUCGACGGGUCCGAAUCCAACCCGAUUUCGACGACGGAUCCGAAAGCCCGUCGGAUUUUAUUUGGUGAUCGGUCUCAUUAUGUUGAUCCUGAUCCAGGACAUUCAUUUCAAGCUAUACGUGAACAGAUAUUUGGGUCUAAUGAUAGUUCGAAAAAUCCAGCACCUAUGAAUGGAUUUGCUCAACAAGCUCUUUCUAUGGAUUCUAAUAUGCCUGAACAAGUCAUGAAUGGAUUCCAACCUGAUAUGGUGGCGGUCUAUAAGACCCUUGUAUCGGAAUUUGCGGUGUUCGACCGGUGGUUCGCGUCGGUGCCGGCGUCGACUCAACCGAACCGGCUCUACGUUCACUCCGCCACAUCUCACGGCGCCACCUCAAACAACGCGUCGUUGUUAGCCAAAGGUUACCCGCAAAGAACGAUCUUCGACAACCUCGACGACGCCGGAAUUAACUUCGGAAUAUACUACCAGAAUAUUCCGGCGACUCUAUUCUACCGGAAUUUGCGUAAGCUCAAGUACAUUGGGAAGUUUCAUCCCUAUGAUCUCACAUUCAAAAAUGAUGCUAAAUCAGGAAAGUUGCCAGGAUAUGUUGUGGUGGAGCAGAGGUACAUGGACUCAAAGCUACAGCCAGCGAACGAUGAUCAUCCAUCACAUGAUGUAUAUCAAGGACAAAUGUUCGUGAAGGAGGUGUACGAAACCUUAAGGGCGAGCCCACAGUGGAACCAAACCCUUCUCGUGAUCACGUACGACGAGCACGGAGGGUUCUUCGAUCAUGUCCCUACACCUGUCAGUGGGGUCCCUAACCCUGAUGGAAUCAUAGGAGAACCGUUCGAUUUCAAGUUUGAUAGAUUGGGUGUUAGAGUUCCUACUAUUAUGAUCUCUCCUUGGAUCGAAAAGGGCACAGUUGUUCAUGGUCCUAAUGGAUCGCCGUUUCCGACGUCGGAAUAUGAACAUUCAUCGAUUCCGGCGACGGUGAAGAAGAUAUUUGAUUUGCCAUCACCUUUUCUUACUAAAAGGGAUGAAUGGGCUGCCACUUUUGAACACAUUCUACAAACUAGGAAGGAGCCCAGAACUGAUUGCCCUGAUAAACUUCCAACUCCAACAAAGAUCAGAAAAGCAGAAGCAAAUGAAGAUGCAAACAUUAGUGAAUUCCAACAAGAAUUAGUGCAACUCGCAGCGGUUCUAAAAGGUGAUCAUCUCCUAACAAGUUACCCAGAAAAGAUAGGCAAGAAAAUGACUGUAAGAGAAGGGAAAGCUUAUAUGGAAGACGCCGUAAAACGCUUCUUUGAAGCUGGAUUUUCUGCCAAGAAAAUUGGUGUUGAUGAAGAGCAGAUUGUGCAAAUGAGGCCUUCUCUCACUACAAGAUCAUCUACUAAUUUGCACCCUUAAAGAUGUAACAAACGAAAUGUACAAAUACACUAAGACAUGGUAAUUAUAUGGUAAAAAGCUGCAUUAUAUAAAUCCUGUUACAAUUAUGAGUGUUGAAGCUUAUGUUA